UUGUGAAAGAGGGACCCGUAAUAAACAUGGCUGCCUUGAUGGCUUCAGUUCAGUGAUUGGGGGGGGGUGAAGAGGGAACAUUUUCCUCCAUUAGAUGUCCAUGUCCAUGGUUUCAAAGCCCAUACGCGUUUCUAUUGGUUGGCUGGGCUUCUUGAAGGCGACUUGAACGGUCAAGGAUGUCUCUGGAGGACCCCUUCUUCGUGGUGAAAGGAGAAGUUCAGAAAGCAGUGAAUGCAGCCCAAGGCCUUUAUCAACGUUGGGGCCAGCUGCUCCAGGAGACCCAGAUUGUGAACAAGGAGGAACUGAACUGGACUACCAAUGAAUUACGCAACACCUUGCGCAGCAUUGAGUGGGACUUGGAGGAUUUGGAAGAAACAAUUUGCAUUGUAGAAUCAAACCCACAAAAGUUUACCAUUGCACCAUCUGAGGUUGCAGCACGACGUUCUUUUGUCACAGAGAUGCGGGAGUCGGUCAAGGAAAUGCAGGAUCACAUGUCUGACCCAGCAGCCCAGUCCUUUGUGGAGAGGAACAACCGAGAGCUGGGGGAUGACAGGGACCGCUGUGGGCUGUUGAGUACGGAGAAGGUGUCAGCAGCUGAUUCACAUAUUUUGGAAGAGCAGCAGUUGCACCAGAAGGUGAGAAGAUGAGCACCAUCCCAAUCAAGCUAAUGAUUUUCACAAAUCAGCUCCAUUUCUUCAGAGACUAAAGGGGACUUUUUUAUAUUUUGGGGGGUAAAAAUAUAGCACAGAUGUGUAGAAGUAUAAGCUCUAACAUAAACAAUGCUUGUUGGCCUUAAACAUCUGUGCCAUUCUGAUUGAUUGCAUCUCUUGAUAUUAUUUUUCUCUUCCUGUCAAACCACUACUAGGAAAGCUCCUUGAAUGGAAGUAAUGAUAAUUUGCACUCUUUUUAAAAAAAAUUGGAAUUGUAGGUUCCAGCCCUGGCUUAUGAGCAUGUUCAGAAUAUCAAUUCCCCAUCAGUAGAACAGGAAUAGUAAUGGUCAGCUUAAUAAAAGCGAAGUAAGAUACUGAUGCACACUUGUACUUUUGAAUUUGCCCCAUCAAUGUAAAAAAAGAAAGUCAUGUUUCAGAAUUAGCUGCUUGUCUGCUUUCUUUAUCUUUCUUCCAAACUGCUGUUUUAACUUAUUGAACAAAUAGCAAGAGCCCAGUCUUGUGAUUGAAUUGAGAAAGGCUUGUAUAUGUACCCAUUUUUUUCAAUAGCCCUUUGUAAAAGAAAUGCAGUGGUUCAAACUGUUGAGUGAAGUACUAUUGUAAACACUUAAUUCCUUUCCUUUUUUUCCUGAAUUUUCUUUAUAAAAUUUUUUGCCCCAAAGGAUACAAAGAUUCUUAUGGUGUUGGGUGCAUCACACAGUUGCAUUUUUGACAGAAGAUCUCUCUAUUAUU